UCUCUCUCUCUCUCUCUCUCUGGCUGCUGGGAGACACAGGACAGCCAGGCGUCCGAGCCAAGGGAAGGAGAAGGCGUAGACUUCCUCCAAACAUUUCCUCCGCCAUCUCUCCGCCUGCGAGACUCAAACAGAAAAGAGAGAGAGAGAAAGAGAAAAGUUUCCUGGGAUCUUCUGUGAGCGACAGGACUUUUCUUUCCUUUCCUCUCGGUCACCUGGGUGAUACAACACAGGAGUAUUCCUUCCUUUUUGUAUCUUUUUUUGAAAUUCCAUAUUCCCCUCCUCUGGACGCUUUUCCGCAGACAUGGACUGGGGCACCGAUCUGUGGGACCAGUGUGACAUCAUCGACAAACACACGCUGUCGGGCCUCGACCUGGUGGAUCGCUACAUCAAGUUUGUGAAGGAGCGGACAGAGAUAGAACAGAACUACGCCAAGCAGCUCAGGAGUCUAUCGAAGAAAUAUGCCAAACGAGGGAGCAAGGAAGAGCAAGACUGCAAAUUCAGCAAUCACGCGUCUUUCCAGGAGAUCCUGAACGAGCUGAACGACUACGCCGGCCAACGGGAGCUCAUCGCCGAAAACAUGAUGACGGGCAUCUGCGUUGAGCUCACCAAGUAUCUGCAGGACAUCAAAUCAGAGCGGAAGACACACCUGGCGGACGCCAAGAAGGCCCAGCAGAAUCUAGAGGGCAGCUUUAAACACCUAGAAAGUACAAAGAAGCGCUUUGCAAAGGAAUGGGCGGAGGCCGACAAAGCCACGCAACAAGCGGACAAGACAGAAAGUGACCUCAAUGCCACCAAGCUCGAUGUCGAGAAAGCCAGGGCGCAUGCCCAUGCCCGCACGCACACGGCGGAGGAGUGCAGGAACGACUACGCAGCCCAGCUCCAGAAGUACAACAAGGAACAGAACAACUUCUACUACACAGAGAUACCACAUAUCUUCAAUAAAAUGCAGGACAUGGAUGAACGGAGGAUCCGGCGGCUGGCGGAGGGAUACUGCCAGUUCUCGGACAUCGAAAAGAACGUGCUGCCCAUCAUCUCCAAGUGUCUAGAGGGAAUCUCAUCAGCGGGAGUGAAAAUCCAAGAGAAACAGGACUCCUUACUCUUCAUAGAGCAGCACAAGUCUGGCUUCGAGCGACCUGGAGACGUGGAGUUUGAAGACUACACCCAGGGAAUCAAACCAGCGACCUCCGACUCCAGCCUCAACCCGCCCAAAGUGCGCACCAAGCUGUGGCCUUUCAGCAAGAAGCACAAGAUAACUCACGCUGAAAAGCACAUGCCGACGGCUUCAGAGGAUUUCUCUCACCUUCCUCCGGAGCAGAGGAAAAAGAGGCUGCAAGCGAAGAUCGAUGAAGUCGCCAAAGAGCUGCAGAAGGAGCAGGACUCAAGUGAGGCGCUGGACAAGAUGAAGGGCGUGUACGAGACAAAUCCACAGAUGGGAGACCCGUCCAGUCUGGAGCCUCAGAUCACAGAGACCACCCAGAACCUCGGACGCCUGAAGGGGGAGCUCGCCAAAUAUGAGUCGUGGCUGUCAGAGGCCGUGGGAGGAGAAGAAUCCUCCAACACCAUCAACAAUAAUAUUCGACACGGCGUUGGAGCAGCUGACCAGUCCCACAACAUCUACACAGAGUUUGACGAUGAGUUUGACGACAUGGAAGCUCCCAUUGGCCAGUGCGCCGCUCUCUACACCUUUCAAGGCAACAGCGAGGGCACCAUUUCCAUCACUGAGGGAGAAAUGUUGAGUGUAAUGGAGGACGAUAAGGGAGACGGGUGGAUGAGAGUCCUCAGAGCCAGUGGAGAGGAGGGAUAUAUACCGUCGUCCUAUGUCAAAGUCAAUCCUUAACACACACACACACACACUACACACAAACACAAACUCACACACACACGCAGUACAUAUUUAAAGCUUGUGAUGGAGGCGUGAAUGCAAAGUCAAUCCAGAUAAUUGGAGCAGUUCUCCUCGUGCUUUGUCUCAGUCUGUGACGUGUACAGUGAGAUGAUUAUAGAGCUUGUUGUCACGGCCGGUCGCCACUUCCUGUCUCUGCUCGCCACGGCAACAGAGGCCGUCUCCGUCUCAGACCGCCAGUCCUGCGAGCUCGUUUAUAGAUUUUUUUUUUUAAACCAAACUUCUGAAUGUAUACCUGAACUCUAUUCUGUCACCUUGCUAAAGUGACGACUCGUGCAACGUGUUCAGCUUCACGGCCACUUCUCCUUCACGCUGCUGUUUCUAAUCCCCUGCUGAACUUUUCCUGUUCCCAACUCCAGUCUUUUCCUAAAACCUCUUUCCUGCAGCGAUAAUGUGACUUUUUAUUAUCAUAGUGAUGUUUGAUGACUUUAAACUGGAUGAAAACCACUACCCUCUACAGAGUGCACUAAGUAUAAUAUCUAACAGUAAAAGGAUAGACUCACAUUUUACAUUCUUUUAAACAUCUGUCUUCAAACAAUAUUCAGCCGCCCGUGUGCAAUAGAAACAGUUUUCGCUUGCUGAGACCAUUUCCCUUGAUUGUACUGGUCUGCAAAUUUCAAUGAGAAAUUCAUUCUUUGUGUUACUGUCAUAGCAGCUGAGCAAACUUGCAAACAUGUGACAAAUUAAAGCAACACUCUGUAGCUUUUACUGAGCAACAGCGCCCUCUGCAGCUACACUUUGUGACUACUUCUGUUGGGGUUUGAGUUAUUAAUUGGUUGUAAAGUCUCACUCGCUGAACUGAAACACAACUGAAGGGUGGAGAUUACCCAUGAUCCCCGGCUUCUUUAAACAGUAGAACUGCAACUAACAAAACAAAACAAUUAUUAACUCUAGUUUUUAAUAACUUUAAUAACUUUUUAACUGAUCUACAGUUCAGCUAAACUCUUAAACUCUCAGUCAGUUCGUACCCACUCACCAAAGUUGAAAGAACAGACGUUCAGGGUGAAGAGGAAACAUUCUCCACAUUCCAAGUCAGUGAAGCAUCAAACUCAUUUUAGUUCUAAAUAUUUUUAGGUAAAUGCAAAGUGUUGCUUUAACUUCAAGUAAUUGUCAGAAUAUAUUUUUACUCGUCUCUUUCAUUCAAAGCACAUUAGGAAGGGACUCCUCAUCGGCCAAUAUCUAAAAGAGGAUUCACUGCAGAAAGCAGAAACUGUUUCAGUGCGUAUGUGGACAUGAGAUUGUUUUUAGACUUUUAACUUGACAUGAUAUAUCCCAGCUUCUCUUCUACAUUUGCAAGAAAAACCUUCUUUGCGAAUGUUUUGUGAAAUUCAAAAAAGCACAAAAUGAUCAAAGAUCAAAUACAGAAUUUAUAAUUUUUUAUAAUUCCUGUGAACUGUCUGUAUUUGAGGUCGUGGCCUCAGUGCUGCUCCUGAGAUCAUUACAUAGCACUGACUUUAUGACAUCUGAGGUGCAACUCAAAAGGUAGAUAGCAGGCAAUUAUUCACUUUCCAGUGUUGCACAAAACAUGACUGGGAUCUCGUGACUCGCGAGUGUUGCUCUAACAAUCUGUUUUGUUUUUCCAUAUUUAAACCACCUGUUUUUAUAUUGUGAGCCUUCAGACCUCCAGCUUCGCACUCCUCUUCCCAAGUCCUCAGAUACCACUUAAUUUAAUCAAACAUUUUAAAAGAACCAGUGAGAACAGGAUGGAUUUCAAAAGGGAUGAAAUGGGAGUUUUGGAGAUUUAGCUCCUCAUUCAGUCACAGCCAAGGGCGACGAAUUGUAAAGAAAUAUUUAAACGUGGUCGGAUUGUUUAAAGAAACACUCGAGAUAGGUUUUACGACGUGUGAAAUGCUAAAAAUGCUUCUUUGUGGCUGAUCUAUAAUCCAUAAAUGUGCAAAUGUUAUUAGUUCUCAAAAGUUUAACAGCCGUACACAAGAUGUCUCCCACUCCACUGAAAAGGAUUCCAGUGUCAAGACGUACAAGAGAUUCCUCAGACUCGUCUUUCUGCACAGUGAAGGUCAAACACUCGAGAGGCAACAAGACGCAACAUGAUUUUUUGACUGGAGACUUCAGGUUUAAGACAAACAGUUUACACUUCUCUUUCUGUGCCAUCCUGUCCUGCACUAGUAAAAGUUUUCUCCACAUUUUAAGGGGUUUUAUUUUACAAUCCAUUUUUAAAAUGAAAAUAUAUGUAUUACCUUGUAUCAUUUGAGUCAUAAAUUGGGAUUUAAGAAAAGAAAA